GCCGUCCUCUUCGCUUGCGAAGAAGGCCGAGGUCUUCACGGUGGUCGGGGAGAGGUGCCUGGCUUUCAUCUCCUCGCGAAGCCCGUGCCGGCUCGGCGGUGGCGCACGAUAAUGGAGGUGGCCGAUGCUGGUAGGCGAAAUGAAAGGCGUCGCCGGCGCGUGAUUCGGUGGUCCAGGACAUCGGCGGCGCUUGAGCUUCUCCGGCGUCGGUCCUUCCCGGUGUUCCUGGUCGACGGCGAGCUGGACAGGACCUCGUUGCACUGCCGCUGCAGCUGCGUGCGACAGGACAGGUUUGGCGUGCAAUUGUCGUCGCCUAGGGUUCAGUGGCGAGAUGCCCACGUCGCCCAGGUGGCUGGCGCUCACGCAGGGUGCCGGGAGGGUGUCCCUGGGCUCUCAGCGGCAGCCUGGUAGCCAGCACUGGGUCACUGAGCGAGUGCUAGCUCUCUGAAGAAGACAUCAACAGGCUCCUUAAGAAUACAUGACCAUUAGAUAAGAGCCAAUUUCUAUUGAUGAAACACAAAGAUUGUUGCAAGGAGGGUCCACCCUGCAUCAAAAGAAUAAGUCCCUGGAUGACAUGAAUGAAUGCAAAGACAAAGGUCCAGAUGCCUCUUCGCCUACUUACCCUGAUGUCCCUACAUCCCAGUUUGGGUCAUCACCGGCGCGCCGCCUUCUCCUCGUCUGUCUUCUGUACAUCCAUGUUCUCGUUUGCGUGCUACUCCAUGGUGAUCAAUCUUCUCGCUCUGCCAAGCCUCCACAAGAGCCACCAAACAAUAUCCUCUUCAUCCAGAACAGUGCUGACCAGACGUCGAGCAUGAUGGUGGAGGUCCUGUUCCAGCAGUACCCUGGUUUCCGGGAGGUUCGGAUGAUCGAGGCUAGGCCAGGCAUUGCUUUGGUGGAGUCCGAUGACGAGAACCAGUCCAUGGUUGCGAUGCAAGCCCUCCAGGGUUUUAGGAUGAGCCGGAGAAACCAAUCACUAUAUCGUACGCCAAAAAAUAAUGAUGAUCCAUGGGAUCCCCAAACCGUCCGAAGAAACCUGUAGCCAUAAGAUUUUCCCACCCUAUGAUUUACACUAUAGUGGUGAUCUAACUGACUUGUAA